AGUGACAACCUCUGUGAUCUGUGGUCGCGUCGUGUCAACGAUAGUCAACGCAGAUAAAAAAUUGCUAACAAUUCACAAAUAAAAAAAAGAAAAACAACAAAACAAACGUGAGAGGUUUUGAAAAUAAAGCCUUAGUUAAGGUAGCAGAAAAGAUCAGUAUUUUUCUGCUCUCUGUGAUUUAUCCACACAGUGUCAGUGUGUGUUUUCACUUAAACUUGGUGCUCCCUGGUUACUGAAAUAUCUGGCGUAUACUAGUGUGUUAAAAAAUUACAAAAGUGAUGCUGCCAGUAUCUUCAUACAGUGAAACAAGCGCUCAAAAUUAUCCUUUAGAGCUGACAUCAAAGAAAAGUGCUUUUAUCCAACAGUAUCAAGAACAGCAUUCAACAGAAACAAUGGUUAUCGAAAACGAACCAGCUAAGUACACUUAUCCAAUACAGAUCACAAAUCCAUUCGAAAGAGAGACUUGGGCAAUCUCUACUGAUCACUGCUAUGCAAGACCCUGGAAUUGGAGACCAGAAUCUUCGUUUUUAAAACCAACGAAAACACUAUUUGUGCCAAAGGACAAUACCACAAGGCCAUUAUUUGGUAUAACAUCUGUAAAAAAUGUAGAUGAUUGUAUUGAUGUAGAAGCUGUCCCAGAGCUGCCCACUCCAAUUUAUGAUAUGCAGAGGGCUACAAAUCUAAUGGAUGAAUGUGAAAAACACUCCAUUUUAUGUAGGAAUAGCAGUGAUGAUUAUAUUUGGGAAGAAAAAAUUGACAAAUCAAACUGGACCAAUUCGCAAAAUCGCCUCUUUACUGGUUUUGUCAGUGUUCUAAAUAACUUUUACGUGGGCAAAAUGACCUAUUCUGGUAUGAAAAACGAGCCAGUGCUUCGAAGAACCAUAAUAGACAAAGCGGUGCAAAGGGUGCGCCGUUUAUUUAAUACAGUGUCUUACGACACAAAGCUUCUGCAAUGGAUUCACCAACUAUUACUCGACAAUUUAGAUCAGCAAAACUUAUCGUCAUACUUUGAUAUUUUGCAGACUUUGAAAUCGAAAGUUCCCAAAUUUGUGGAAAAGCUGUUGAACACCCCAAUUUCUGGCAGUCGCACGGGGCCUUUAAGCAAUGAGAACUUGCUGCAGUUAAUGAAAAAACCAUGGGAUCCGAUAGAAAUCAGCUUAGCGCAGGAUAAACCGAAAAGAUUACCUUCAAGUCCAGUACUGGUUCUCAUGCCUUGUUCUCCAAGUGUGUCAAAAAGAAAUUUUAAGUGGAUGGCAUUGUUAUCGAAUUUGGGACAAGUUGUAUCAGUACCAACUAAUUUUGGAUCUGGCAGUCACAGAUUGACUAUGACUAACCUCAUCGAUCAAAUGUUUUCCUUGGCAAGAGGAAAGGUUCAGGAAGUUAGGGAAAAUUAUGCAGGAAGACAUAUAAUUUUGGUUGGAGUUGGUGCCGGCGCAACUUUGGCCAUUCAAGUCGCUCAAGUUGAAAACGUUUUCUGUGUUAUAAGUUUAGGUUUUUCAAUGCUAACAGCUGAAGGACGACGAGGAGAUCCUGAUGAUGGGUUGCUAGAAUUACAGUGCCCUGCGCUGUUUGUCAUUGGACAGUUUUCCAGUACUUCUUUCCAAGAAGAUAUGGAAGGCCUUAGAGAGCGGAUGCGUUUUGAAACAGGGCUAAUAGUAGUUGGUUCAGCUGAUAACAAUCUGAUCAUUAAUAAAAAGAAAAAACGAGAGGAAGGCAUUACGCAGGGUAUUGUUGAUCGGUGUAUAAUUGACGAAAUCGGAGAAUUUAUCAGCAGCCUCAUUUUAUCGCCUUAUCCGCCUCAAGUGAGACAGUCUUCCAAUAAUAUACCAUCUGACGCACAGAAGAAGGGAAAGUCAGAAAGAAAACGUUUCAAUUCGAAUACUAGCUCGGUCGAAAGUGAGCCUCCCUCUCCAACGCCACGCAUUACGCGGCCAGUUGGACGACCCGCAGGUAAAACCAAGUGUAAACUCGAAGCUAAAUGGGCCGCGCAAGUAGCCCAAGGUACUACUCCUACCACUAACUCUAAUAAUACUUCAUCUUUAUCCUCUGGUGUUAAUUCCUCUCCUCUCACCUCCACUGAGGCUGCUUCGGCCGUUGAUCGUCCCGUUUCCCCAUCACAUAACUUUAAUACUUCAUCCCAAAAAAUUGACGAUCUUCAGACUGGCAUAACUCGAAAGAUGCGUGUUUUAAAACCAAUUACAUCUGGGGAAACGCAGGGCAAAACGAGCCAAAAGAUAACUAGAGGAGAACACGGAGGAUCAGAACAAGCUAGAUUGCAAGCCUAUAAUUUAGGUAGAAAUCUCAUACCUGGCGGCCAAUUAUCUACUCUCCUCCAAGGCGGUAUCAAGACAAUUCCUCCUGCUGUGCAACCAAAACAUGGAAGUACAUCAUCGACCAUCAAAGUACUUGAAAAUGUGCAGUUGUCAAGUCAGGCCUCCGCUAAACUAAUUUCGAACUCAAACAGCCGUACAAUUGAUCUAUCUAAAAUUGGUUUAGGCCAACGAACGUCCGGUAGCAUUAUGAUUCUCCCGGACGGCAAGUUGAAGACGGUAGCUACCAGUAGAGCUGUACCGAUGAAGACUAGCACGGGUAGCCCAAUUAUUGUUUCAAUGUCUGGGAAAGCACAGCCGAAAACAACUCAAUUUGUUACCACCAAAAAACAUGAUAGCCCAAAGCCAACUGUGAAGCGCCAUACAUUGGUCCCGUUUACACAGCCAAUGAAGGCAAGUUUGCCACCCCCUACAAAUCUAACGACUCAGGACAUAAUGGAUUUGCCUAUUAUAUUUGCUGAUGAUAAUCAAGUUAUAGAUCCGAAUGUACCAACUGAUUUAUCCACUACUAGUACUACCACACAGCCCAAUCAGAUCAAUGACCAUUUAUUUCAAGCAACCAAGUUUAUAUCGCCAACUCCAACCAAUAAAUUUGUAAUCGUUAAUAAACCAGCAUCGGGUCUGAACAAUUUGAUUGUAUCACCUUCAACGUUAAAGAGGCCAAACCAAGUUCCACUUGCUAAACAACCAACAAAGUAUACCAAAAUAAUUCUCUCGAAAAAAUCGGUGGAACCCAUAAUUGGAAGAGUGCCAAACAGCAGUCCACAAAGCAUUUUAAAUACAUGCGGUGAGGAGGCAAUUGACUUGGAAAAUGAAUUAAUGGCCACUGCUGUGCCUAAGCCUGGCUUGUCAAUGGAGAAGAGACCCUUAAAUAUAAUCACUAAAAAGGGAAAUUUUGAUCUUAAUGAGCAAAUAUUUAUGGAUGAUGAUGAUCCUGAUUAUGUGCCUCCAAAGAAUUUAAAAUUGUAGAAAUUUAUUUACCAGUUUCCAAAUAAGCACCAUUAAAGUCACGUGCAAAAUGUAAAAUAUUCCAAAGGUUUAAAACCUCAAAAUGCGUGCCAAAGGAGCACAAUGUUUUGUUUUCAUGUGGAUUUUUCUUCUUGUGGAUCUCAUGUUUGUUUUUUAGAAAAAGUUAUAUAGUUACUACAUGAAUAUAAGUUUAGUCAAA